GCCGCGCCGUGCGGGCCCGUGGGACGCUCGGGACUGCUCUUAGGGCUACACGUGUUAGUGCCGUCCAGGGGAGACUCCCAGACGGUCGCUGUGGAAUGGACUCUAGCGCUUCUUGGAGCGCUUCCCACCUCGGGGAGCAUCUCCGGCACCCCCGGCUCCGCGGCUUGUCUCCUGCGCAGCCGCGGCGCACACCUGCCCUCUGCUGGGCGUGAGGACGCGCUGCCGGGCGCCGCUGACCGACUUUGCCCGGGGAAGGAAAGUGCUGGGCCCAGAAGAGUUAAACUUUCAGGAAAGCGCAAAAAGUAGCGACGUUAACCUUUUCAUGAGGAAAAGGAGACUUGCUUUCAGCGCCCCAGCUUAAUAUCUGAAUUCUUAGAAAUGGCAAAAAGUCUUUUGGCAACAUCAUCUCGGUCUAUAAGGACAAAAUUGCUACAUCAAACAGGAUUGUCACUAUAUAAUACAUCCCAUGGCUUCCAUGAAGAAGAAGUGAAAAAAAAACUUAUGCAGUUUCCUGGUGGAUCUGUUGACCUGCAGAAGGAGGACAGUGGCAUUGGCAUUCUUACUCUGAACAAUCCAACUAAAAUGAAUGCAUUCUCAGGUGUUAUGAUGCUACAACUUCUGGAAAAAGUGAUUGAAUUAGAAAAUUGGGCAGAGGGCAAAGGCAUCAUUGUCCGAGGGGCAAAAAAUACUUUCUCUUCAGGAUCUGAUCUGAAUGCUGUGAAAGCACUAGGAACCUCAGAGGAUGGAGUGGCCUUAUGUAUGUUCAUGCAGAACACCUUAACAAGAUUUAUGAGACUUCCUUUAAUAAGUGUUGCACUGGUUCAAGGUCGGGCAUUGGGUGGAGGAGCAGAAUUUACUACAGCAUGUGAUUUCAGGUUAAUGACACCAGACAGUGAGAUCAGAUUUGUCCACAAGGAGAUGGGUAUAAUACCAAGCUGGGGUGGCACUAGCCGGCUCGUUGAAAUAAUUGGCAGUAGACAAGCUCUCAAAGUGUUAAGUGGUGCCUUCAAACUCGAUUCAAAAAAAGCUCUAAACAUAGGAAUGGUCGAGGAGGUCUUAAAAUCUUCAGAUGAAACUAAAUCUCUAGAAGAAGCUCAAGAGUGGCUUAUGCAGUUUAUCAAAGGGCCACCAGAAGUAAUUAGAGCGUUGAAAAAAUCUGUUUGUUCAGGCAAAGAGCUAUAUUUAGAGGAGGCAUUACAGAACGAAAGAGAUCUUUUAGGAACAGUUUGGGGUGGACCUGCAAAUUUAGAGGCUGUUGCUAAGAGAGGAAAAUUUAAUAAGUAGAGUUAAAAAAUGUGGACAUACUAUAAAGCUUCAAAGAUAUGCACUAAAGUUAAAUGACAUUAAUUAUAAAUAUCAGAAUUA